AUGACCCAAUCUUGUGAAGUCCAACUACCCGUCCACUGCGCCAAGUUUAUUCGCUUGGCAAGCUCGCCGCCAAGUGCCUCUUCCGUGAGGAGGCUGAGCGGUGCCCAGUGGUUCAGCCUUCUCUCGGCGAGGGCGGCGACCAUCCUCGCCUGGGCCUUCGCCGAGAUGCAGCUGCUCAUCACCACGGCCCUGCACCUUUGUCGCGCCGUGAUGGCCACCUUGAGCCUGCAGAGGUCCCACACAAGAUAUGACUGCGACUUUCUGGAUGACUGGAGGAAUUUGUCGCAAGCGUGGUCUUGGCAGAUAGGCAGCUUCUUCGUGCUGAUGCUGAACAACCGCUCGGCGGCGCUGUUCGCCACGAGCGACUCCGGCUACGGCAAGCUGGUGCGAGACCUCCUUGAGGAGAAAGCCGCAGGCAACUUUGGCCGACUCCGGUGCAUGUUUGAGCUCGCCACUUUUCUCCGGAAUCGGUGCAGCCGCACGACCCAGCUCCUGCCAGUGGAGAUAUGUCUUGGCCUGGACUUGCCAAAGCAGCUGCAAACUUUCGAUGCUCAUCAGGCUAGUUGCUACUGCUGCACGGUGCCUGCAGUUUUGUUCGGCGUGGAGUUUGGAGUCCUUCUUUGGAGUGGCACUAUGGUGCAUCGUACAAAACCUCGGAGCAAUGUUCCCAUCUUCUGCGACCGACAGCUGAUCUUGGGAAACCUGGCGGGGUGGUAUGCAGACCCCGAAGACUGUGUGGGGAUCGAUCGAGCAGUUGAGCAAUUCAACUACGUGGUGCGCAAGGAGCUCGCCGACGUUUGCCUUGAGAUGAUGUCGGGCCGCGAUGUUCUGUGGCAGUCCAUGAGCUGUCCGGUCUGCACCGAUCUCCUGGGCGAGAUUGGCUUCCCCUCGGACUCGAUGGAAGGUCGGAGCCGGGACCUACCUUGCUGGGCCCUGCAUUCCAGGAAAACCAGAGAUGUGGCACCAGCUUCUGCCACAGCUUUUGCUGCACAUGUUCGCAGCGGCGCAGCUGUUCUCGACAGUGUGGACUCUACAGGCGACACAUCUCAAACACCAGCAUCGGUUCAUGGCUGCUUUGAUGUUGACCUUCAUCCUGAUCGGCUUGGCGGCGGUGCUGUGGGACUUUCGGUUGACGGCAGCCUGCAGCAUUAG